AUGAGGAUUUGCAGACUCGGAUAUCAGCAGAUAGCAUCCAAAGAAGCGAUGCGCAUUGGAGAAUGCAGAUGUAUCAGAGAAGCUUUGCGUAGUUGUUGGCUGGAAUUGGGAAGAUGGAAGCAUUCUUCGCUCAGAGCCAUAGUUUUUGCAAGUAGUCGGGCAGAGUACACACACACACACACCAAGUUCUACUGCUCAUACAUUCACAUCACUGGGGUGAUGACGUACCGUCUGCAGCAGGUUGACAGUGGGACAAUAGCUUGGGUCCCCUCUACAAAAGUAGUGACAUAUACAGUACGUGGGGUAUGGCGGAAAAGUUGGGGUAAUGACAUUAUAAGGCGAAACCUAUCGAUAUUCACUUAG